AUGGGCUUCCAGUAUCGGACCUUCAAGACAUGCGCUUUUGGCCGGUUGCCUCCUCGGAGACAUGGUACCUCCGGUGAGAUAGUGGCUGCCAGUUCGAGACUGGGGCCGAUCGAACUUGAGUUGUUCGGAGGAGAAUCCGGCCAGCACGGGUACAAAGAGGGGUACCCGGAGAAUCCCCAGCUGCGGAAACGUAGUGUCGCUCAAGAGCUCUCGAAUAUGUCGUCGACUCCCCUGUGGACGGGCUCGUACAUCGAAGGCCACGGCGCCUGCCGCGUCGGGAGCCUCGCCAACUCGCUGCCCGGCCACUUCGACGAGAAGUGGCGCGUCGAGAUUGCGGAGUGCAAACGGCUGUGCGACAGCCACCGCUGGUGCGAGGCUUUUGAGUACGGCUCCGCCACAGGCUAUAUGCGAUGCGAGCUCCACCGAAUCCUCCCGACGCACGCGCUGCCGAUGCCGUCCUACACCUGCUUCGUCAAGGACACGCCGCCGGCUCGCUUCUGCCUCAAGUUCUGCCGGUGGCUUGGUCGCACCAAGGAGUCCAGACUGGCGGAGGGGCGGCGGGAUGGCAGGGCGCGUCGGGCGGCGGCGUCGGGUCGGGCAGCCACGGGCACGGGCGCGGGCUCGCACAGCGCCGAUUGCACCGUCAGCCCGUACAAGGACCUGCGCCGCUGCGACUUUACCGGGCAGAGCCUCUACCUCGCCAACUUCGAGCACGGCGUCGCGGACCAGCUGGCGCUGGUGCGAGCGGACCUGACGUACGCGAGCCUCAAGUCGACGAACCUGAAGGGCGCGACCUUCGACGGCUCGGACCUGACGCAGGCGCUGAUGGAGGGGGCCACACUCACGGACGCCUCCUUCGUCAACGCGACCGCCGGCUCCGCCGUUCUCAAGGGCGCGCUCGCCGCGAACGCCAACUUCGCCCGCGCCAUGCUCAACAAUGCCGAGAUGGAGACGCUGCAGGCGCCGGGGGCGCGCUUCGAGUAUGCGAGCCUGAUGUACGCCGACUUCUCGAAGAGCAACUUGCGCGGUGCAACCUUCGUCGGCACCGUCUUCUCCUUCACCUCCUUCAAGGAGGCGGACCUCACGGGCACAAACUGGAUCCGCGCUUCGGGCCUCGAGACGUGCGACUUCACAGGCGCAAUCUCCGCACCGUACGUCCUCGCCACGGUCGUGCUGCCGCCGCCGCCCCCGCCGCCCGAGGAGCCGGAGCUGCCGCCCGGCCUCUUUUUCCAGUACGCCCCGCCAGCGCCCGCGGCCGCAGCGCAGACUCGUCCCGGCUACGGCCCCGGAGGCGUGCGCGUGGUCACGCGCCCGCCACCCCCGCCGUACGCCUACGUCUACGGCGGCGCACCCACCACGACCGCGCCCGCAGCCACACCUGCAGCAACGCCCGCAGCAGCGCCCGCAGCCACGCCCGCGGCAGCGCCCGCAGCGAGCCCGGCCGCUUACAAUUACCUGUACAGCGCGGGCUCGUACCCCCAAUUCACGGGCCGCUGAGUAAGAGAGAGCAACUCGUGGGACCAGCACGUGCACAUGCUAGCAACAUGUGUGCGCGUGUGUGCUACGGCCCCACAGUCCCCACAGAGUCAGUGUGCGAGAUGUUUCUCUCUCACCUCUCCGUGUCUGUGUCCGCUGCUGUCUCGCUGCCUGGUGCCUCGCGCAGGCACCUUGCACCAUAAUCCAAUUUCCGUAUGUACGGCUUAAGCGCGCCCCCGCGCGUAAAGCCGUACUGCGU